AUGACGCGUCUGUUCGUUCAGGCGUUGCUACUGGCGUUGAUCGCGCUGCGUAGUAACAUGGUGCUAGCAUCCAACAACACGUGUUUUGAGUUACCGAUCGUGAUUGUGUCCCCAACCAAAGUGAAGCUGCCAACCGAGACUUGUAACCAACCUCGCCUGCCAGCACCUGACUGCAUGAGGGAUCCCGUCGACGCUAACAUUGAGGUUAUUGACAAUGCAAAUGGCACGAUGAACUGCUUGAAAGGGAAUCGAACCGCAGUGUAUCCGGCCAGUGUUCACUAUCGCGGACAAUCCAGUCUCCACUUCUCGAAGCACCAGAUUGCUGUUGAUCUGAAGGAAGCCAAUGAGCUACUCGGGUUUCCAGCAGAUCGAACUUUCGUACUGAACGGUCCAACAGUGGAUGGAAGCCUGAUGCGCAACCAUCUAGCUCACUGGAUGUUCCGCGGCACGGAUCGGUAUUCGCCCCGUACCCGUCAUAUUGUGGUAUUCGUUCGUGAUAGAAUAGAUCCUAAUGACUGGAUCCCGCGGUAUGUUGGCAUCUACUUGGCCUUGGAAAAGAUCGCGUACACUCCGAACCGUGUUGGACUGACCGAACUGAACAGCGCUUGUAAGACCAACGACGAACUCUCUGGAGGUUGGGCGUGGCAAAACAAUCCGCUGGGUUACGGUGAUUACUCGCCCAACAUCAUGCUGAAUGAAGCGACCGGGCUCUUUGGCGCCGGUGAGAGGCCGAUCUUGAUGUUCCCAGAGCCGAGAGUCCUCACACAAUCAAUGCGCGAUUACUUCGUGUCUCCCAAAACUGGACCGCUCCCCCGUUUGUAUCAGUAUCUCUAUGACAACAUGACGCAACCGGACGGACUAGAGGAGCAUAUCGACAUCGGCUCGUUCGUAGACUACUUUCUGCACUCGGAGCUGUCGAUGAAUUCGGACGCUUAUCGCCGCAGCACUUUCUUCUUCAAAGACCGUGACCAGCCUAUCAAUGCUGGUCCAGUUUGGGAUUUCAAUUUGGCUUACGGGAAAGGUGGCUCCAAGACGACCUGGCUGUACACGAUCCACGCGUUCUGGAAGCGCCUCACUUGUAACUACAAGUUCGCAUCCCUCGUUCAACAGCGUUGGACUCAGUUGCGCUCGACGACGUGGAGUGAUAAAUCCAUUAUGUCGUUUCUGCAAACAAGCGCUGAGCCAAUUCGGCGCCAGUUGAAGAAAUGUGCCGAAUGGAAGAGCGAUAACUUGCAGUGCGCGUUUGUUAAGGCUAAACAAUCCAAAGGCAGCUAUGACGAUGAGGUCAACAAACUGAUUAAGGCGGUUCUGGGACGUGCUCAAUGGAUGGACUCGAGUAUAGCUGGGUUUUACAAGACGCUUAACCACAAUACCUGUGUUGCUGCUGGUCAACUCCCUGCCUACAACUGCGCAGCGAACGGAAAUGACAAAGGAUGUUUGGCAAACCCCAGCAGCUACAGUAAUGCAGUCGAAUUCCCGAAGCCCCGCAAGAAAAUGGCUGCAAAACCCUGCAAAGCUUCCAACACCAGCAUUGAAAGGCCAUCCAUUGAUCCUUGUUGGCUGUCGGCGGGGGUUUACAUGUCGGAUGGCUCGAUUACACCUUUUUGUUCAGGCUACGGAUUUUGUCCUGGGGGACCAGGUGCGAAGUGCACGUGCAAGAAGGGCCACCGGCCUCCAACAUGCGCUCGGGAAGGCGAGAUCAUUCCGCCUCAUGGUGGAUUUCCCGAAGAUAGUAUGGGUGCCCAGAAAUCUUCGCUGAACAAGCCUUCAGGUGGACUUUCGAGUUACAAAACGCUGCUGUUCUUCCUGUGUGCGCUUUCGGCAAUGGCAUUGGGCGUAGCUCUUGCAACCCGUCAGCGCCGUCGCCAGCAGUACAGGCGUCUGUACCAGCCAGCGGUGGAUGCCACAUCGGGCAAUGCACCCGAGCUGCUCUACGGCACGUCAUAA